AUGUUCGGAUUAGGUGGAGCACCCCAGGUCACAAGUGACCAAAAAUUACAGGCGGCUGAAGCCGAAUUGGACAUGGUCACCGGUAUGUUCAACCUGUUGGUGGAACAAUGCCAUGCCAAGUGUAUCAACAAGUCAUAUGGUGAAAGCGACAUUAGCAAGCAAGAAGCCCUCUGUUUGGACAGAUGCGUGGCCAAGUAUUUUGAAACCAACGUGCAAGUGGGUGAACACAUGCAAAAGAUGGGACAAUCCGGCCAGUUUAUGGGAAGACAAUAA